GACAAAGCCAAUGGAUCACGAGCAUCCGGUACUUUUACGAUCUGAUGACUGCCUGUGACUCACUCGACGACCACCAUCAGCCACAUCGCAUCAACACAGCACAAUGAAGAGACCAGCAAGUUUCCAACCACAAUAGUUAGUUGGUUUGGAGCCUAGCAGUAUUCAUACUUGCCUUCCUAGCUAGCUGAUCCUCUUGGAUUGUGCUGGUCUUCGCUGCUUGAGAUCAAGCAGAGUGACAGUCAUUAUUUCAAUUGAAGAGAAGAAGCCAGCAACCAGAAAGAAACAACCAGAAAGAAACACUCACUGAUACGAUAUUAUCAUUAAAACAACGGCAAGAUGAGCGUGGAAGAAGAAGCACAAGGAGAGACUGAAACUGAAAAGGGAGAGGCAAAGGAUGACUUGACAGCAUCAGAAUCUACAACUGCCACUUCCAAUUCAUCCAGUCAAGACCAACCAGUACCACCAGUACCACCCGUACAAGAACGCAAUACACAAGAAGAAGAGCCCCUAGUCACUACUGGAAUGCUGAGUGGCACUGGCACAACAGGACUGUAUGAGAAUGGUCUGGAGCACUCAUUUGCCCCAGGCGAUCAUGUGAUUCGAUGGGAAAUGCUGCCCAUUCUUUGGCCCAUACAAAUACACGCUAUUGUGCUAGAGACGGGUAGAGAUUACGUCAGUAUUUGUGAUUUUGGACUCACGGCAGAGCCCCGACAUGAUCCCACAUGUACCACAAAAACAUCAGAAUCGGAUCUGCAACAAGAAGAAGAAAAUAAUCAAGACACUACAAAAUUAGAAGCAGAAGAAAAUCACCAGGAAAAAGAAAAAAUCAACACAAACAAAAAAUUGCUGGCGGCCUGGGACCGCAUCAAACCACCCGACAAUACCAAAAAGGAACGAAUCACUGUUCAUAUCAUUACCACACAACAAGAGCUGAAGGCCUGGAAAAAAGUCAAGUAUGGACAAGGAAUGUUUCGCAAUAAUAAUAAUAAUAAAGACGGAGGAUCAGAAGAAGAAGACGCAAAGCAUUCACCACAAACUGACAAUACACAAGCACAAGAGGAGUCAGGACAACAAAACACAAACCCCAGACCACGAACUAUCAUCAAGCAACGAGUUGGACAAUGGUGGCAAAAUAAUGUCAGACACAGAAGAAACCAACAGGCCAAACAAGAACAGCAGCCUCCACAACAGCAUCCACAAUCAUCUGAAUUCAACAAUGCCAGCACCGAUUUUGAGGCUGCCACCGCUGCCAGUACCGGUAGCAAGGCUUCCGUGUCAAACAGUUUGGACCACAACACUACUACCAAUAGUGAUUCCAUGGAUUUUGAUGCUGCAGAUUCCAACGACGACAAGGCAGCUAUCGAAUCAUGGAAGAGCGAAUCCUCACUUAUUGUUUCAUCCGACACAGAAACCCACGAAAACAACAAUGCCACAACUGCAACCACAACUGCUACUACAACUGCAACUCCUACGACUAGUACGGAACAAACACCAACACCAACAGAAGCAGAACCGCCCCGUCGGCGCAUCUUUGCCAGAAUCCGAGAACGGAGGCAAGCUCGGUCACAAUCUCCCUCCAAACAUGGAACCAACCGAAUGCUGCCUCAAUCGGAUCCACCGGCGGUAGUCCUAGCACGCACCCAGUUUUUAUUGGAAUUUGGAGAAAAGGUGCUUCCACCGUACCAUCCCUUCAAGGCCAAUUCCGAAUGCAUUGCCGUCUUUUGUAAAACGGGACGUUGGAGUACGCUGCAGGCAUCGGUAUUCUUGCACUCGACGGCCAUUGGCAAUGCCAAGAGUAGCAUGGCCAUGACACUGGGAGUGGCCGCAUCGGUGCCCCUUCUAGCACCGGCCAUGGCAGGCAUUGGCAUUGUGGCAGUCGGUGCUCCCUACAUGAUUCUCAACCAAAGCCGCGAGUUUUGGCAACAAGAAACGAUCCGUUUGAAUGAACUCGUGUGGGCACAAGCAGGAGAUUGUCCGGAUAAUAAUAAUGUCGUGGUUGGUGAAGAGUGUAAAAAGGAGCAUCCAACGAUUCUUCCAGAAGAGGAGUGCAAAGUGGAAGAACGCGACAAUACCGGUAUUAUUUCGCAGGAAGAAACGGUUGGACCUGACACAGACGAUAAUAAGAGUGCUCCAGGUGGCACGGACGAGACCCCAGAUGGAACAGAAGCAACAAGUGACGGCCCGGAGAGUACCAGUACCAGUAUCAGUACCAGUACCAGCAACGAGGGCACCAGUUGUGCUGCUACCACCAAGACGAGACCCAGCGAACAACGAAUCGUUUCUGUGUGAGUGUGACCGAACCAUGCACCGAACCCAGACCAGUGGCUAGAUUUUGCUUGGAAAAGUUUUACUAUCUGUAGUAGAAAAACAACAUUUCUGAUGUGAAUGAUACGAUGUGUAGCCAGCUAGAUUCAUUCAGUUACUUGCGAGCUACUUGCGAGCUACCGGUACAUGUAACUACGGUAGCUUGUCACAAACUAACUUUAGAAAAGCACGUCAUGAUU